GUUGUCAGCAGCUGUUGGAUAGAAGACGGAGGAAAAGUGCUUCUUGUGUCCGGAGGGUGACUGUCUGCAGGCGGACACUUUCACACAGCACGUUUCGCUUCAAAAAAGAUGGUUACCUUGUGACUGGAUAUCUAGACACUGGAGCCUCCGCAGGUCUCCCGGUGAUAGUAUCACUUACAAAGCUUCUGAAGGCAUCGAUAAGACCAAAAAAAAAAAAAAAAAGAAGGAAAGAAAGAAAGAAAGAAACUGUGAUAAAGGACUAGUGCCAAGACAGGUCGGAGUUGAAGCCAUUCCCCCCCUCCCUCUCUCUGCAAUGCAGCCCCAACCGAACAUUCAGGUCUUUUUUAUAUUAUAUUAUAAAAGUAGGUAGCGGCGGGCGCCAUCAUCAUGAACGUGGGGACGGCACACAGCGAGGUGAACCCCAACACCCGAGUGAUGAACAGCAGAGGAAUGUGGCUGUCUUACAUCCUGGGCAUCGGCCUGCUGCACGUCAUCCUGCUCAGCAUCCCCUUCGCCAGCGUCCCCGUGGUCUGGACCCUCACCAACCUCAUCCACAAUCUGUGCAUGUACCUCCUCCUCCACACGGUCAAAGGGACGCCCUUCGAGACCCCCGAUCAGGGCAAAGCUCGCCUGCUCACACACUGGGAGCAGAUGGACUACGGAGUUCAGUUUACGGCUUCACGCAAGUUUCUAACCAUCACGCCCAUCGUCCUGUAUUUCCUCACCAGCUUUUACACCAAAUACGAUCAGGCCCAUUUUGUGGUCAACACUGUUUCCUUGCUCACUGUACUCAUCCCCAAGCUGCCUCAGCUGCACGGCGUCAGGAUCUUUGGGAUUAAUAAGUACUGACAAGGUGGA